AUGUCUUCAGACUCCGGACACAUUAACUUUCCCGGCAAAACCUCUGCCACCCCAGGUGAAGAGUUCGAAGUCCGCCAGACCUCGACAACUGAGGAUUACCACCCCAACCCGUCCAAGUCAAUCCCCCUCUCACCUGCGCGUCAGCGCUUGAUCGACGACAUCAUCGCGCUGUACUCAAUGGAACCCACAGUCGAGCGCGUGAAGCGGUACACGGCUGACUGUGUUUACGAUGACCAAUUUGUCUACGCCAAUGAUCGGUACAAGAUGGCCGGGCAGUGGUUCGCCUUGCCCAAGCUCUUCAACGCGAGCGUCAACGAGGGGUAUGAGAUUGUCAAGAACGACCGAGACCUUAUUCAGUUUAGGAAUGAGCAAAGCUGGACUUUUAAGCUCAUCCCAAAGACCGCGACGAUCAAUGCGCUUGUUAGUCUGAGCCUUGAUCCCGGCACUGUCGACAGCGACUUCAUUCAGGUCAAGUACCACAAGGAUCAGGCCAAUGACAAAGACUACAGCCAUGAGGGCGUUGGAUUCUCGUUCAAGAAGUGGCAAGCGGACAACGUUAUCAAGGUCAUGGAUAGUAACGAGGUUGAAGCUUUCGCAGCGGAUAAGGAUGCUAGCAAGAACAAGGUGAAGAAGUAUGGCACUGGCAAGACCGAAGGGGAUGCACCCAUAAAAGAUCUAUGA